AGAAUAAAAUAAUACCGGCGUUGAAUUAAGAAUUUAGCAAAUUUUUUUAUUAGUGAAAUAGUUUUUUUGUAAAACUGCAUAUUACUUUCUUGAUAAUCUAUAAAGCUCAAGUCUGUUUACAAAGAAUUAACUUGUGAAAAAUGAGUAAAACCAAUGGUCAAAAUGCCAGUACAAAAUCUAACACGAAAAGUGAUAAAAAGAUCAAAACCGAGAAACGUGAUAGUAACACUUCUGAGGGCUCCAAUUUAGAUUCAGAAGAUCAAGAGGUGGAAAAAUUAUAUUCGGGAAAGAGAAAACACGAGAUUCUUCCUCUGUUAGUAUCAAAUUUCCCAGAAAAUUAUGGUUUGGUAAAGAUGACCGAGUUCUUGGUGAAAAAGUGCGGGCCAUGUGAAGUCAGCUUAUCCGAGACUGGAGAUAAGAAGGUAGUUGAGGCAAUUUUUGAAAGUGCAGCAUUAAGAGCGAAAGCUAAGAAGAUCCUGGGGUCGCAGUCUAUUGAUAAAUCCCAAAUUAGGGUGGAAUCACCAUUAGUAGAAGUUUAUGAAUCAGACCUGGAGGAAAAUGAGGAACCACAAGCUAAAAGGAAGAAGGAAGGAGAUGAAAAACCAUGGGGUCUUGAUAUGGAUGUGUGGCGGGCGGACCCCAAAGGCUAUUAUGGGGUCAGACCCCAGUACUUAGUUUCUUUGGGUAUAGAGGGCUCACUUCAAAACUGGGUUUUGGUAAAAAAUUUCCGGUGCUCCAAAGAAGAUCUAAAGGAGGUGUUGACCCUGGCGGGCGAAGUAGUAGUGUGUGUGGUGACCUUCGCUAAUCCCAACUCGUACGCUCGAGUCAUGUACAGGCACCCGCUUGAAGCUUUACAGGCUGUUUCCAUGUUAAAUAAUCAAAAACUCCAUGGUGUCCCUCUAAUCGUCCGAAUAAUAAAAACUAGUUGCACUGGCAUUUUACCGAAAGGCCUCAACAGUAUCGGCCCAGGCUUGGCUAAAAACGGUACACCUUUAAGAGACAUUGUCAGACAUUAUGAAAGAUUUGUCAAAGGCCAAGAAACUGAAUUAAAUAGCAGCUUAUUUAGAACACCAAAAGAACAAUGCCUUCACGAUGAGGGUACCUAUUCAAAGAGUGAAGACGAUAAGAGAAAAGCUAAAGAAGCUUUAGAAACGCUGGUGUCUUUGGUCGCACAAGGAAUGAAAGUGGACGAUUUGAUGACAGUACUGAAAUCGAUCAAAGGCAAUCAAAACGUUAACUCUAUAGUUGAGAGUUUUAAAGAAAUUGACACGAAACCGUCCACACCUGAUUCCCACACUAGUAAAAAGGAAGAUAAGCCAAAUUUGUCAUUAGAAAAGAAAAGGAACCAGCCCAGUCCUGUAACCUCUAGUGAAAGCGGUUCAAGAUCACCAAGUCCAGAUGCUAAAAAUACUAAAAAACCGCCAGAGAAAGCUAAAAAAUCCCAGCAAAUUUCUACAAUCACGAAUCGAUCUAUAAAUACUGUUCGACCACCUGCUCCUAAACCUGCGCCUGUUAAACCUUGGUCUAAACCUGCACAGCCUCCCGCCCCAGGAACAACUUCUUUUAAAAGUGGACCGAAUAAGCCGGGGCCUCGGGGUCCUCCGGUUCGUCCGAUGUUUAAUGCGAGAAUGCCGGGCCCUAUCGGUCCAAUGUCAGGCCCCAUGUCUGGUCCGAUGCCUGGUCCAAUAGGUCCAAUGAUGGGGCCAAUGUCUGGCCCAAUGCCCGGCCCAAUGCCAGGGCCUAUGCCAGGGCCAAUGUCUGGUCCAAUGCCCGGUCCGAUGCCUGGUCCAAUGCCCGGUCCGAUGAUUGGCCCUAAUUUCUCCAUGCCCGGACCCACCCAGAAUUCAUUUGGACCUAAUGGACCAAUGGGUUCUAUUGCACCAUCGACGGGAUCAGAAGCGAAAUUGCAGUUUAGUAACUUGCCCCCGUCGACCACGUUCGCGUUGCUAAGCGAGAAGCUGUCUCAAGUGGGUCAGCUGCUGUCCAUACAGUUCACGACGCCCGGCUGCGUGGUCGCCAUGUUCGCUCACAGGGAGCAUGCGGAGAGGUGUCGACAGCAAUUCGACCAAUCCCGAUUGGAAGGAAAUCUGAUUGAUGUCAGAUUCAUCUAAAAAAUAUGCAGAUGUUUUUGACUUUAUCAACCAUGGUGGAAAGCUGAGUUUAUCAAUUUCAACCUUUAAGGAAUAGAUAUAAAGUCGAAAGUGUGUCUUUCUAUUACACAUAGCGUUACAUACACAUUGUGUUAUUCAGUGCAGUGAUCUUUUUAUAUCUGAGUUAUAAAGAUUAUAAAUUAAGUUUAUUAUUCACAUAAAGUAGGUAAAGUAGGUUAUACACACUACUACAAAUAGAUUAGAUUAGAUGAUUUAUUUCAUGAAAGACAAUUACAUUAUAAGUUUGCAUUAAUGUCAAAAAUAUUAAUUUCUAUCAUGAUCAUCAAAAUAAAAAUAAAAAAUAUUUUUUUUUCCUCAGUUCGUCAAUGGUUCGAUUAUAUAAUAUAAUAUAUAUGAUAAACAUAUAAGUUUUGUAUAAAUGUGUUGUGUUUAGUGAUUUUGGUCGAUAACUUAGUAUUGUUUUACUUAGUUUUAAUUCGUGCGGAAUGAUGAAUGCUUGAAAUGAGUCUUUAUGUUUGAUAGGUAAUUACUAUAGGUAUGUAUAAUUGCAUAUUAAUUAUAAGUUGGUUAGAGCUCUUUUAAACUUCUUAUAUCCAUACCUAAUUGCUUAGUGGUUAGUGUGACUAUUACCUAAAUAUUUAGUUUUUAGUGUUUAAGGUCUUCUGACAUUAACGUUUUUGAUCAGCGAUUCUAUAUUGAUUUUUUGAGUUGCGAAUGCCGAAACCUCGAUGAUUUGUUGCUCAUAGAAAUAAUUAAAUAAUCAUCGG